GCGAAGAAGAGGAGGACUGUUUGGGCUCCCCAUUGACCGAAAAGGAGCGCGUUUUCUUCUUUCCACCACGCUAAACUUACACUCGAAACCAAAAGCCAUGGCUCGGUACAUGCGCCCGCCGAACUCGUCCUUGUUCGUCAGAAACAUCUCCGACGAAUCCAGGCCUGAGGAUUUGCGGCGUGAGUUUGGCCGCUAUGGGCCAGUAGUAGAUGUCUACAUCCCACUUGACUUCUAUACACGUCAACCAAGAGGAUUUGCAUACAUUCAGUUUGAGGAUGUGCGCGACGCCGAGGACGCUCUACACAGCCUGGACAGGAAGUGGGUGUGCGGCCGCCAGAUCGAGAUCCAGUUCGCCCAGGGAGACCGGAAGACACCCAAUCAGAUGAAAACGAAGGAGCGGCGCUCUCCGUCGCGGUCGUCCCGCUACGACGACGACUACGACCGCGACAGACGGCGCAGACACUCGCGCAGCCGCAGCUACGACCGCCGCCGCUCGCACAGCCCCUCGGACGACCGCCGGCGCCGGCGCUCGGAGAGCCCCCGAGAAUCUCGCGGACGGCAGCACGGACGAGGGGGAAGCCGAGGCCGUGACGAGGAGAGACACCGUCAGAGGCCUCGCAGGGAGUCUCGCGGACGAUCUCCCUCCAGAUCGGCGUCGCCGCCCAAGCCGCCGUCCGCCUCUCACUGCGCCGAGGGAGACGCGCAGCAGCAACGCUCCCCGUCCCGCUCGCAGUCCCGUUCGAUGUCGAGGUCUCGCUCGCGAUCGCGCUCCUGGACGGGCCGCAAGUCGGGAGGACGCUAAAGCAAGGGGAAGGGGGUCCAACAGGUGGCUUGGUUUGGACUAGAAUGUCAUGGACGCGUGAGGAGAACAUUUUCUGGUUGGUCAUUUAUUCAUUGUUUUAUUUUGUCUGGGGAAAAGAUCCUGUGGCUAAGGAAUUGUUUUUUCUUUUUUUUUUUUGACAAAGUUGUUUUUCUUUCCUACGCUUCAGGGUUUUUUUUUUUCGUUUUUUUUUUUUUUUUGCCGGAUGAGCGUCCAGUAUUUUAAAAA